AUGGGUAGUUACCUGGGGAAGCCCGCCCCCCAGCCACCUGCACCCCCCCGGGAAGCCAGGAGCCUACGGGAGCCACCCGGACCCGGAUGUCGCACGCCCACCUCCUCUGUGCGGCCAGCACACUCGCUCUGUAGCCCUCACCACAUUCGCCCCUCCCUGCCGCCCCACCCACCCACCCAGACGCCUUUCUGCCGACACCGCGGAACUUCUUCUGGUCCAUUUGUAAUAACGCCGCUAAGACAAUAUCCAAUCCAGCAGGCCCAGUAUUCCUUGCUGGGGGUACUCCCCACAGUGUGCUGGAAUGGUAAUCACAAGAAGACCGUGCUUUCCGCUCGUAAUUCCAGAAUGGUGUGCGGUCCAGUCACCGUGAGGAUUCCUCCUCCUGAUAGGAGGUGGACUCGGUCUCUACGCCUAGAGCAGGUAGUCAGCUCCCCACUGCCCUCCCGGUCGAGUAACGCCAUAGGCCCGUGUGCAAAGGAGACUAUACCGAGUACUCUCAAAGAGAAGAAUGAAAGGUCAGUGGAGGAAGAAGAGCCAAUUUUUGAUAAUGGUCAGGAAAAGCAGACAAGGUGCCCUGAGAGCAGUGGGAGUGGCCAUUUAGUGUUUGAGCCCCUAAUGGCUAGUGCAGUUCCUGCUGCUUUUGUGCCUACGCCUGAGGCUGUGAGGAGAGGUCUCAAUUCUCAGAGCUCAGCUGACCCCCUAUUGAGAUCCUCCACCUCUCUGAUGAGCUCCUCAGAGGUUACCUACACAAGUGGUAUCCCUAUCUCUGGCCGCAAUGCCAUUACCAGUUCUUACAGCUCCACCAGCUUGUCCCACUUCCAAGUACCAGAGAGACCAGCAAAGAAAACAAGGGAAGAGAAUACUCAUCUUUCUAGUUCUUCAACUCCACGGGUAACAGAGAAGGCGUCCUGUGGAGAUCAUAUUGCAGAUACAGCCAUGUGGGAGAAACAGAACUCACAGGAUUCCCCCAUGAGGGAGAAACAGAACUCACAGGAUUCCUCCAUGUGGGAGAAACAGAACUCACAGAAUUCCUCGUCUGUACCUGACAGCUCUAGGGCACGGAAACGGAAGGUCCAGCUGCUGCCCUCCAGGCGAGGAAAACAGCUGACCCUACCCCCACCUCCUCUGCUUGGUUAUUCGAUCACCGCUGAAGACCUAGACUUGGAAAAGAAAGCUUCAUUGCGAUGGCUGAACAAAAUCUUGGAGGAUAAGACUGAUAUGGCCUUGAGCUCUGUCACUGAGAGCCCAUACACCACUACUCAGCCUUUAACCCUACCUACUAUUGGGCCUGUUUCCUCCACAGAUACCCUCCCAACCCCAGACACUAACCCACUGCUGGAGAGCUUGAAGAUGCACAGUUCCCCGGUCCUCCCAGCCUUGCCAGAAUCCACUGGCGUGGCACUAACACCCGAGGCUCAUAUGCUCCCGAAGACUCCCGACCUCCCAGUAUCUCUCGGCUCUUUACAGUCAGUGCCCCUGCUUCCAAGCAUCUCCUUAAACCCCAAAUCCACAGUCACUUUCUUGGGCCUGACCCCUGCAUCUUCCAUAAUACCAGUCGCUGACACUACCGAGUCACCUCAGGCUGAGACGUCCAUCAAAUCUCAAACCCUAACUGCCCCAACCCCCCACCCCAAGCAAAGUAUUCUGUUUGGAAUGCUAAGUACCUCACCUAACCCUUCUGCCUCUGCAACUACUGGUGUGUCUUCAGCAUCUCCCAAGCGUAGUUGCAGUUUGGAGACCCCACCUGAAAGUGACAAUGAAGACCCCUUACCAUCUAGACAUUCCAAGGUCACAGCCUCUUCUAACUCUGUCUUCCCCAUAACUCCCAGUGUGGGGCCACUUCAGUCUGUGCCCUUGUCUUCUCCCUUCAGUCAAACAGCUAUUCCAGCCACUACCACGAGCAACCCUCUCUUCACUAGACAGGCCAGUGCCACUUCUACGGUCGUGUCCGUAGCCGCAGCCAGCAUACGUGCAGAUUCUGCUUCAAAACCUGCUUUUGCUGUUAGUGUGAGCAACAUGACCAACACCAUGAGCAGCGAGACCAGCACCACUACUUCCCAACCUUUCUUUGGGACUCCCCCAGCCUCUGGUGCCAGCUCUGUCCCCUCCGUGGACACCAUAUUACAGUUUGGCAAGCCUCCUGCCAUACCCACUUCAGUAGCAGUCACCACCUUUGGCCAGCCCCUUCCUGGUGCCACUCAGAUAUCCCACAGCAGCAUUGCUGGUUUCAGAAGCUUUGGCAGCCCCCCGACAGGCUCAGCCCCUGUCACCACCAGCCAGCCUACACUGACCAGCACCACCACCCCUGCCGUCAGCAUUCCCUUUGGCCCCAGCACUAAGCCGUCCAUCACGUCACCUCCAGGAACCAGUCCCUGGCUCACAUCUGGGGCCACUGAUGGGCAGCAGCAGGGAGCCCUCAGCUCUAGCAGCUCUUUCACUCUUGGAAGCUCUGUAGCCCCAGCCGCCAUUCCAGCGCCAGCGCUCAGCAGCACCACAGCUCUUUUCUCCAUGGGUGCAGCCCCCACCCCUGACUCUGGAGCUAGGGCCCAAACUGCCAGCAGUGGGGCCAGUAGUAGUUCACUGACCAGUACUACAGUGUCAUCGCUCUUUAUGCUUGGGGGCUCUGCAGUCCCAGCUGCCACUGGGGACUUUGGGAUCCACGUGGCUUCUUCAGGCACCAGCUCCACCUCUGGGGCUUUCUGCUUUGGAACAGAGCAGAGUGGGACUAGUGGCAACACAGCCUCAUUUGGGAGAGGCCGUAGUCAGAGCACCUUGGGUACACCCCAUCAGAGCACAGACCUUGCCAUCAAUGUGGUCAGCACGCUUAAGAGAAAAACUGUGUGUGGAGGCACCUCCACCCCCACCUUUGGUCUGGAUACCCCUGCUCCCAAACAGGGCACAUCCCGCAACCGUCUCGUGGGGGCAUCCUCAGCACCCAGCCAGGGCUUUGUUGGAGGUGGAUCUUUCAGAUCGAACACUCCUCUUACUGUUGGUGCAGGAUCCAAGAUCCCAGGAACUCGACAGCGAGGGCAGGCCCGAAGGCAGCUCUCUCACAAGAAAUAG